AUCAGUCUGAAAGCACAAGAAGGAGCCACGAGCAGCCCAGCUCAGGCCGUGCAGCUCAUCUCUCGCGAGGAUCGACGCCGUUAUCGGAAUUUGUUCAAACAACACGAGAAUUCAUCAUUCACACGUCUUUAAGGCUAAACAAUGUCAGGACAAGAGUUGGAUCAGAUAGUUCAAAUAACAGUAGAAGACUUUGACCAAGAUGGCCGUGCAGAUCUACUGGAAAAUGAAAAUGAAGAUGAUGACGAAAGGCCUCAAAGGAAAAAGAAAAAAUUAAGCGGUAGCCAGGACAACUCAGACAUUAGUUUUCUUAAGAACUAUUUGAUCUCAUUCACCACAUCAGUCAACCAGAGGUUGGAGGGUAUUGAAUCCAAAUUACUGGCACUAGAUGCCACAUGCAAAGCUCUCGGACGCAAGCUGGACUUCUUGGUGCCAGGUGCCAAGAGCCCUAUUCAGGUCCCCAUGGUUGCAGGGUCACCUCAAGGGGCCACUCAGACUUGGAACAAAGUCAGAUGUGUUGUUCCUCAAACUAACGUCAUAGUAAGCAGUGAACCAACAAAAGGUUCAAGCCAAGAAGACACUCCACUUGAAAAUCUACUUAGCAAUACUGUUGCUAAAAAGCGUCAAAACACAAUCUUGGUAAAAGUACCAGGUCCUGAUGAAAGCCAAGAAGAGCAGGAGAGCGGCUCAGAGGCCAGUGACUCUGUUUCUAAUGGUUGUGUCCAAAGCAGCCAAAACGUGACUCUCAUCACUCUCAAUUCUGAAGAGGAUUAUCCUAAUGGUACCUGGCUGGGUGAUGAAAACAAUCCCGAGAUGAGGGUUCGAUGCCCGGUGUCGCCUGCCGAUAUGCUUCAUAUCUCCACAAACUGUCGCACAGCAGAAAAAAUGGCUCUAACACUGCUGGACUAUCUGUUUCAUCGAGAGGUCCAAGCCAUGUCCAACCUGUCGGGUCAAGGCAAACAUGGCAAAAAGCAGCUGGAUCCUCUCAUGAUCUACGGCAUCCGCUGCCACUUAUUCUACAAAUUUGGCAUCUCAGAGUCAGACUGGUAUCGCAUUAAACAAAGCAUUGAUUCAAAGUGUCGUACAGCCUGGAGGCGCAAACAGCGAGGGCAAAGUCUGGCUGUGAAGAGCUUCUCCAAACGUACUCCUCGAUCCUCAGUCUCAGAGACAGAAACGGCACAGAUAGAAACAGCCACUCAACAGACUCUGCAUUACACACUUGCCAACCAGCAGGUUCAGUUCCACCGGAUUGGGGAGGAUGGACAAGUUCAGGUGAUUCCUCAAGGACAGCUACACAUUGCUCAAGUGCCACAAGGAGAGGAGGUGCAGAUCACACAGGACAGUGAGGGAAAUCUACAGAUCCAUCAAGUUCACGUUGGGCAGGAUGGACAGGUGCUGCGGGGGGCUCAGUUGAUCGCAGUGGCCUCAGCUGAUGGAAGCACUACAGCCGUAGAAGGGGCCACCCUCCCCCCAGACAUCCAGGUGCAGUACGUCCAGCUCGCCCCGGUGGCAGAGCAUGCAGCCGCUGUGCAGGCAGCGGAACUGGCCUUGCACGCCGACAUGGAGGUGAAAGAAGCCAUCCAGGGCGCUAUCCAGGGGGAGAACGGAGAGGUCAAAAUGGAGAUAGUUACCACAGUGGCAACCUGAAAGAGAAACUAUGGACUUGUAAAGGUUUAAUUAAAGUACUUUGAGAAGCUAUCAUGUUUAAAUGACUGAAAGACACAACAAUGAAGUAAGAGGUUUAGUUAUUCAGGUAUCGUUUUCCAAAGUGGGGGAAAAACAUAAAGCUUAAGUCAUAUCUCUGGUGGAGUUGUCACCAGAACAGACCCAGCCCACAAAUAGUGCACUGUGGGACCCUCAUCUCUCUACCACUUCAUCACAUCACUCACUUGUGUACUUCAGCUCUGGGAAGUUGUGAGUUUGGCUUCAUUGCUAACCCUGAAAGCCCUUGGAGGGAUUUGCACGCUCUGAAUGCAUCUCCAAUGGGCUGUGCAGAGUUUGUCUCUGUUCUGGAGAAGUGCUGGAUUUGGAACGUAGAAUUAACCGAUUUGAGCACACUGAGUCAAAAUUUGGAUUUAUUUUCCCUUGGGUGGGCAAUAUUAACAAAAUUGAAAUCAGAUAUUUUUGCAGUCCAUGGGAAAGUGCUAAAACUUUAAACUUAACCUUUAAAUGUAUUAUUGUAAAGUAUCAGAAAAAGAAAGGGCAAUAAAAUUACACAAAAAUGUGCAGAAAUACUACUUUAUACUCACAUUUUUAUUGAUAAUCUUAUUUUUUUUUAUUAUUAUUAUUUAUAUUUAAAUUUGGCAUUUCUUCAAAACAAUAUUUAAUAGUUUGAUCUAUUGCCCAUGCCGAUGUUUACGUCCCAUGUCACAAUUUACAUUUUCAACUCUAUUUUGUAGUUUAAAUGAAUAACAAACAGAAAUUAUGAUUAUGCUUCUACUUUGAUACACUGGUUAUGUGUGUGCGUGAGUAGAAAAACUGUAAUUCACCCCCAUAUUUGCCCUUGUAAAAUUCAUGUUAAUAAAACAUGAGUAUGACUGCCAUACAGUUACAUGAUAUUUCACGUUUUUAUAUUUUGAUCUUUCUUUACAGUGAGCUAUGUGCAACAGUGACUUUCAUGACAUUUAUUUUUGUAAAAAAAUACCUAUUUGUUACAGUUGGAAUUUAUAUUUUGUUUUUGAAGUUUUGAUUUAUGUUCAUUUUAAGUAUUUGAAUGUAAAUGUGUUUAAGUAAUUAAAUAACUCUUAUUUU